CACAUGCGCAGUCGCUCUCGUGUCGGUGUCAGGUGAACGAGUGAGUGGGGAAGAUGGCGUGUACCGUGGCUCGCAGCUCCGCGCGCUGGAUCGCGACGGUUCUGUCCUCCUCCGGUCACAGACGGGCAUGCCCUCCUCUCCUGUCCAGCGCUGUCCAGAGCCUCUCGAAGCUGUCGGGCCGCCGGGUGUGGACCGCGGUGACACUGAGAGGCACAACGGCGCUGAGCCCUUGUUCUCGUGUGGUGUGUAAGAUGUCGUUUCACACCAGCUGUCCUGCCAGAAAACAGGACUUCUACCAGAUCCUAGGAGUCCCACGCUCAGCCACGCAGAAGGAGAUUAAGAAAGCUUAUUACCAGAUGGCGAAGAAGUAUCAUCCCGACACUAACAAAGACGACCCUCAGGCGAAGGAGAAGUUUGCACAGCUAGCUGAGGCCUAUGAGGUGCUCAGCGACGAGGCGAAGAGGAAACAGUACGACACGUACGGCUCCGCUGGGUUUGACGCGGGACAGGCCGGCGCGGGACACCAGCAGUACUGGGGCCGAGGGAGCAGCAUCGACCCCGAGGAGCUUUUCCGCAAGAUCUUUGGCGAGUUCUCCGGAGCUCGAGGCUUUGGGGAUUUCAACGCCGUCUUCGAUCAGCCACAAGAGUAUGUGAUGGAGCUCACGUUCGCUCAGGCUGCCAAAGGAGUGCACAAGGAGAUGACGGUGCACCUCGAGGACACGUGUCAGCGGUGUGGUGGCAGAGGCCAUGAGCCCGGGUCACAGGUCCAGCACUGCGGCAGCUGCAACGGGACGGGGAUGGAGACGGUGAACACGGGGCCCUUCGUGAUGCGCUCCACCUGUCGGCGCUGUGGCGGGAGGGGCUCGGUCAUCACCUCGCCCUGCACGGCGUGUCGGGGCACGGGACAGACCAAACAGAGGAGGACCGUCACGGUGCCUGUGCCUGCUGGAAUCGAGGACGGGCAGACGGUGCGAAUGCCUGUGGGGAAGAAAGAGAUCUUCAUCACGUUCAGAGUCCAGAAGAGCCCGAUCUUCAGGAGAGACGGCGCUGACAUCCACUCUGAUGUCACGAUCUCUGUGGCUCAGGCCAUACUGGGCGGCACGGUCCGAGCACAAGGACUCUACGAGAACAUCGAUCUCUCGAUCCCAUCUGGGGUCCAGGACGACCAGAGGAUCCGUCUCUCUGGGAAAGGUAUUCCCCGGGUCAGCGGCUACGGUUAUGGUGACCACUACGUCCACGUCAAGAUCAAAAUCCCAAAGAUGUUGACAGACCGGCAGCGAGCCCUCAUGAUGAGUUUCGCGGAGGACGAGAGUGACGUGGAGGGAACGGUCAAUGGAGUGAGCAGCUCCUCCGCAGGAGCGGCCAGUGAUCACACCGGCACGGGGCACAAACAGAAAGACCAAGGCCUUUUCUCCAAAUUAAAGAAAAUGUUUAGCUCCACCUGACAGCCACAAACCAGGUAAAAGAUCGACUGGAAACUGAGACUCUAGUGGAGAACAGAUUCACAGUGAACCUGAUGGACACAGAAGAGAGGGAAACGAGUCUUCUGCCUGACUUCAACGCUCCUCAGAAACUACAGAUAAUGAAGAGCUGUGGAUGCGUUUUUGACUUCUAAGAGAAGAUCCCUCCAGAUCCCGGAGGAAUAUGAUCUGCGCACACGCACUGUCUUUACCUGAAACAUUGUGAUAUCAGCCUUAGAGCCUACGUGAACUUUGUCUUUGGUCUGUAAUUUUACGUUAUGGUUUCACAUGGUCAGGUCUUUCCUUUUCUGAUGUUUUGAAGCGAUUCAGUAACAGAGGGGAAAUCUUCUCUUCAGUAACAAUAUCAUUUCAGAUUAAUGAAGGCCAAUGUGCUGACACUUCACUGAACGUUACAUUCUUCUGCUUGAUUAGCAGUGUACAUAGACAGCUGUUGAUAUUAAGAUCCUUUUAAUGUGUUGUUGUAGAGAUAAAUAUGCUAAUAUGAAUAAAAUCUCUCUGUGGCAACUGUAAA